AUGACUGCCACAAAAUCGCCCAAUGUCUUUGACUUAAUGUCUCUUAAAGGAAAGGUUGCAGUUGUGACCGGAGGUGCCCGCGGCCUUGGAUACGAAAUGAUGCUCGCGUUGGCUGAAGCCGGUGCGGAUGUAGCAUGCAUCGAUAUCCUUGGUGAUACGGCAGUGGUAUCUGCACAAGUUGUGGCAGCCGAAUGCAAGGUCAAAUCAAGUGGUUGGGAAUGCGAUGUAGCCGAUGAGGAGCAGGUUGCGUCCGUGUUUCAAAAGAUUGUCGAGCACCAUGGUCAAAUUGAUGUACUGGUUACCGCCGCUGGUAUCAACAAGAAUGGUAAAGCUUUUGAGUUUACGGGCAAGGAUGUACGCAAGAUCUUUGAUGUCAAUGUCACUGGCACAUUCUUCUGCAUGCAACAAGCCGCCAAACAUAUGAUCGAUGCUGGACGAGGUGGAUCCAUUGUCACAGUGGCAUCCUUGGCAGCUCAUGUCUUCAACAACCCGCAGAUUCAUGCACCAUACAAUGCUAGCAAGGCGGCCGUACUACAACUGUCAAGAUGUCUGGCCUGUGAGUGGGGACCCCACAACAUUCGUGUAACCACCAUCUCCCCCGGCUACUUUGCGACGGAAAUGACAAACAAGCUUAUUGGUGAGAUGGGCAUGAGUGUAGAGGAUACAGUGAAAACCUGGAAAUCGGAAGCUCCACUGGGUCGCGUCGGCACGCCACACGAGUUGAAAGGAACCGUCGUGUUUUUGGCAUCAGAGGCAUCGGCUUUCUGUACCGGUACUGAAAUUUUGGUUGAUGGUGGCGCAACCGUUUGGUAG